AUGAACUCAAGCACCUUCCUCACUUCUGAGAACCUCCGAAGCUUACGAUUCACCAAGAAGUCCCCAAGCCGAAAAGGGACCGCAAUCGCUGUCCCGAACGCCCGCACACGACCGCCUACGGCUCCCCCCAUCGACCUGACCCUGAUCGACCAGUCCCCUACUUCGAAGCAGAAGCGAGCUCCUCCUCAGUUCGGCCAGGCCUAUUCGCCCUUUAAACCGCCCCAGUCAACUAGCCGUCGAGCUAAUCCCCCCCAAGAUGACUUUACUACCAAACGAUCCGAAAAUGACCGCUUUACCGAAUUCUUUAGAGAAGCUGAAGCAGCCAGACCCCCAUCGAAAAAAUUCAAACCAACUCGAGUCGGCAAGCCGCAAACAAAUCCUCCUAAGACUUUACAAAACCGGCCGCUUGCAGAAAUCCUAGGGAAAGCAAGACCCACUCCACUCACUUCCACCGCCUCGCGUCAUCUAUCGGUCAACCGCACCAACUCCCCAGCCUCUUCUGCCUCCACAAGAGCUUCCCCCACCAGCUCACGUGCACAAAAUACCUACACCGAUUCAUCUCGAUCCGCCUCAACAUCCAGAACGCCGCUGACACGCACCAGUGUCGCUCCCUUGCCCAAAUCUAAUAAAAAACCUCCAUCCCCAAAAGCCUCAUCAUCGCGCAAAAAACUGCUUAACUCUAGUGACAUGCGAGACUGGACGAGCACCCAGAGCUCCCUGCCCGACUUGCCGGUCCCCACGCGAUGCUCAUCCUCAGAUUCGGUAUCAGUCGUGUCUAAAGGCAAAGCGCCAUGCCAGCCUUCCGUCGAUCUCAUGGCAGAUAUACAGAACACGCUAUCGGUCAUGGGGAUGUCUCUGCAGACCGACCGGCCCAUUCUACCCGCAAACUAUAGCACCCACGAUUUCGAUCAAACAAUGCCGGAAGAUUUUUCCUUCGAAGUCUCUGAAAUGAUUGACAAUCCUGAAUCCUUAUGUCCCUUUUGCGAUGAGCCGCUUCCGCAAAAGCCCUCCACCCGGCUCAUUGAAACAUUAAAGUACCUGAAGAACACCCCUGGUGUUACAAAGAGGAAAGAAUCAAAUAACCCGUUAGCAUUGUACCUACCGCCGGAUAAAGGGCCAUCGUCGGCACCUCUCUCGGUGACUGAUACGCGGGUCCGGACGACGCUAGAGGACAGCCGGACGUUCGGGACGUUGAUGUUUCCUGAUGAGGAUGAGUUCCCGACUUCAUCGGACGGCCGAUCGCCUUCGGAAUCGGAAGACGAAGAACGAGCUAGUCUUCCUUCUCCUCCCAAGCCCCCAAAUCACAGCAAGAAAAAACGUCCACGCAAAUCGACGAGCUGCGAGAUCGAAAUCGUCCCCACUCAAAAAUCUUCCGGAAAAAUCAAACCAUCCUCGCACUCCGAUCGGAGCCCUCCCGGCAAGCGGUUUGGAGCAGAGACCAACCAAACAAUCUAUCCUGCCAAAGCUAUGAAGGAUGGUUGGAAGGCUACGGUGGCCUAG